AUGACAACCGACGCAACAAAUCAGUACCUCAAACAGAAAAUAUGGCAGUCUUACGCGCCAUAUUAUUAUGACGUCUUCAUCAACAUGGCAACCCCCACCGUCUCAAUGGCAUUUGAUUGGUUACAAUCUGAGUCUUCUAACACGUUGUACCAACAAGAUUUUGUGAUUGGCUCACCUCACGGCAACGGUGUGAGUGUCGGUCGUGUUCUACUUCCGAAGGAGAGUAGUGUGGUGAAACAAACUGAUUAUAUCAAUGGGACUAUCGGGUAUUACGACAUCCCCACAGGAUACGAAAAGGUCCGCCUUUCCAAGCAGAUUCACAUCAUAGAUGAUGUGAAUCGUAUCCGGCAUAUCCCCAAUACUUCUAAAGUGUUGCUUCAAUCUGGCGGUAAGCAGACAUCGAUUUUGGAUGUUGAGAGUGAAAAGUACGAUGUUGUUGGGAAACAGACGGACGAAGGGUUUGGGCUCAGUUUGUGUGAGAGUGACGCCAACCAAUUUGUGACGUCGACGAAUGACGGGUUUUGCUUCUUCUGGGAUUUAAAGAUGUUGAAAUGUUCUAAAGUGCGGGUGGACAAAGUGAAUGACGUCGACUGGUCUUCUAUCAAUUCGUGUAUAGCUGCUGUAACGGAUCGAGGGGAGAUCGUUUUAAUUGAUGAAAAGAGCAAAAACGUGACACCAGUGAAGGUUGGGUCUGGGAUGAAUUGUUGUUCUUUUUCUCGGCUAGUAACACACGUAUUAGCAACUGGGGAUGUCGAUGGUAUAGUCAAGUUGUGGGAUAUAAGAACAUUAGAGAGGCCCCUCUAUACACUCACUAAACACAAAGAUGCUAUUAAUGUCAUUCAAUUCUCCCCACACUUGCCUAAUUUGUUGAUGGCAGGUUCCAAAGAUUCAACAAUAAACAUUUUUAACUUGGCACAUGUCGGAACAACUAAAGAUGUCGCCUUCACACACGCCGGACAUAGCUUCGAUAUCAUGGAAUCCCGGUGGAACCCGGAUAUCUGCGGGUUUGUGGGGUCUGUUGCUGAAGAAUUUAACGUGCAUAUAUGGAGAAGUGCUGAUGUAUUUAAUUGA